GCAGCGUCCAUGCUUUCUUUCAAGAAGAAUUACUGUGUGCCCAUCGCCAGGAUAACCAAAUUGUUGUAAAACUUUUAUCUUUAUAGAAGUGCUGCGACACUUUACAUUAGAAGGCAUUAACCGUGUGAGGUGACAAGUUUUCAUCUGUAAUCAUGGCUCCCAAGGACUACGUGGCUGAGAAGGACAAGUGCAAACGAUUUCUUCAGGAGUUCUACAGUGAGGAUGACAAUGGAAAGAAGGUUUUCAAAUAUGGAGCCCAGUUGGUGGCCCUGGCUCACAGAGAGCAGGUGGCCCUGGUGGUGGAGCUCGACGACAUUGCAGAGGAGGACCCUGAACUGGUGGAGAGCAUCUGUGAGAACGCCAAGCGAUACACGGCCAUCUUUGCAGACUCUGUCCAUGAACUGCUCCCAGAGUACAGGGAGAGAGAGGUGGUGGCCAAAGAUGCCCUGGAUGUGUACAUUGAGCAUCGGCUGAUGAUGGAACAGAGAGGUCGCGACCCUGCUGACACUCGUGACGCCAGGAACCAGUAUCCCGCUGAGCUCAUGAGGAGAUUUGAGCUGUACUUCCGGCCCCCUGGCACAGCCAAGCCCAAGGUGGUGCGUGACGUGAAGGCAGACAGCAUCGGCCAACUGGUGAUGGUGAGGGGUAUUGUGACCCGUGCCACGGAGGUCAAGCCCAUGAUGGCCGUGGCCACCUACACCUGUGACCAGUGUGGUGCAGAGACCUACCAACCGAUCCAGUCGCCCACCUUCAUGCCGCUCAUCAUGUGCCCCAGCCAGGAGUGUGUCACCAACAAGUCCGGCGGUCGCCUCUACCUGCAGACAAGGGGGUCAAAGUUCAUCAAGUUCCAGGAACUCCGCAUACAGGAACAUAGUGACCAGGUGCCAGUGGGGAACAUCCCCCGCAGCAUGACCAUUUAUGCCCGCGGAGAGAACACCAGGGUGGCCCAGCCGGGAGACCACGUGGCUGUGUCCGGAGUAUUCCUGCCGCUCCUCCGCAGCGGCUUCAGGCAGGCUGUGCAGGGGCUGCUGUCGGAGACCUACCUGGAGGCCCACAGCAUCACUCUAAUGAACAAGACUGAGGAUGAUGAGCUGGGGAUGCAGGACCUGAGUGAGGAAGAGCUGCGCCAGAUCACAGAGGAAGAUUUCUACGAGAAGCUAGCUGGCUCCAUCGCCCCUGAGAUCUACGGGCAUGAGGAUGUGAAGAAGGCGCUGCUGCUGCUGCUGGUCGGAGGAGUUCAACAGGCCCCGCGUGGCAUGAAGAUCAGAGGCAACAUCAACAUCUGCCUCAUGGGAGACCCUGGAGUGGCCAAGUCUCAGCUGCUGUCCUACAUCGAUCGCCUCGCUCCACGCAGUCAGUACACGACUGGACGGGGCUCUUCUGGCGUUGGUCUCACGGCCGCUGUGAUGCGUGACCCCAUCACCGGGGAGAUGACCCUAGAGGGUGGCGCUCUGGUGCUGGCUGACCUGGGAGUGUGCUGCAUUGAUGAGUUUGACAAGAUGGCCGACGCCGACCGUACAGCCAUCCAUGAGGUCAUGGAACAGCAGACCAUCUCCAUUGCCAAGGCUGGCAUCAUGACCUCUCUGAAUGCCCGCUGCUCCAUCCUGGCAGCGGCCAACCCUGCGUACGGGCGCUACAACCCCCGCAAGACCAUCGAGCAGAACAUCCAGCUCCCCGCAGCACUGCUGUCACGUUUUGACCUGCUGUGGCUGAUCCAGGACAAGCCCGACGCUGAUGCCGAUCUGCGGUUGGCUCAGCACAUCACCUACGUGCACCAGCACUGCCGGCAGCCGCCCACUCACUUCACCCCCAUCGACAUGAAGCUCAUGAGGCGUUACAUCUCCAAGUGCAAGAACCGGCAGCCAGUGGUCCCCGAGGCAUUGGCUGAUUACAUCACAGCAGCGUAUGUGGAGAUGAGGAAGGAGGCUCGCGUCAGCAAGGACACCACCUUCACCUCCGCCCGUACACUGCUCUCCAUCCUGCGCCUCUCCACUGCUCUGGCUCGUCUGCGUCUGGUGGACAUGGUGGAGAAGGAGGAUGUGAACGAGGCCAUGCGUCUCAUGGAGAUGUCCAAGGACUCCCUGCAGGCCGACAAGUCAUCCACAACCAGGACCCAGAGGCCUGCUGACGUGAUCUUCUCCCUGGUGCGCGAGCUGGCGGGCGAGGGUGUCGGCGGACGAGGUGGCACCGGCGGCGUGGUGAAGCUCGGGGAGGCCGAACAGAGGUGCGUGACGCGCGGCUUCACCCCAGCACAGUUCCAGUCUGCACUGGACGAGUACGAGGAGCUCAACGUCUGGCAGGUCAAUCAGGCUCAUACACGCAUCACCUUUGUGUAAAGGACCUCUACCUGAUCGAUCACACACACACACACACACACACACACACGACUAAACUGUGGAAGGGGAGGAGCUAUGAGGACUGGAAGUGUACAGGGCCGCCAUUUUGGAGAUCAUCAAUGGACUAAG